GAUUGAAUUUGUCCCUCGAUUUGUGUAGCUGGGGAUGACCAUUGAAUUGUGAUCCCUUGAUGUAGCUCCAAACAAUUUGCUCGGCGUUGUCUGAACUGUGUAUGACCAUACGUAGCAUCGUUCGCUACUUUUUGAAUCCUAUUGGCUUACCACAACAAGCACGAUUCUUCCUGCAUCACUUCAAUUGUUUUCAGAGAGCAAGAGAAUGCGAGACACGAGAGUAGAAUAAUGACCUCCAACACUAGGCUGCGUCUUGGGGAAGUAUAAGAUGAAGCGUAACCUCCUGUUUCUAGAUAGGUUUUCUAAUCUUCAAGCUCACCCCUACAAACAGCAACAGCAGCAACCCAGCUCACCACAGCUCCUUUCUUCCGACAUUCUCUUCACAAUGCUUUCGCUAUCCAAGCUUGCCAUCGCCCUAGGGCUCGUUGCCGGCCAUGCUCUAGCUAAUUCUGGAGAUAUGACCUGGUUCGACCCCGGUCUUGGGGCGUGCGGCGCAACCAACGGUCCGAAUGACUUCAUCGUCGCCAUGUCUCCAGGUGAAAUGAAAUGUGGAACAAAUAUCAAGAUCAACUACAAGGGAAAGUCGGCUACGGCCAAGAUCGUCGACAAGUGUCCUGGUUGUGCCGGAGGAUCCAUCGACGUAUCCCCCGCUGUGUUCAAGGUCUUUGCGGAUCUCGGUGUAGGACGUAUUCACGUCGAUUGGGCGUAUGUCUAGGUGAUUGUUAUGAGAACAGUCAGGGUUUUCCUAGCUUGAUGGGAUCACUGCUAUCAAGCUAGUGCAGGCAUUGUGUGGGUGAUAGUGUAGCCUAGCAUUCCGACCAACAGUCUCUCGUUCCUUAGCUAGCAGUACAAGAAGCCGAGAUCAGCUUCAAGCGUCUCAAUCAAUUCCAUUACUUCAUUUUGAGCAAGA